AUGCGCGAGCUGCUGGACACGAUGGACGAGCCGCAGGACGUGAACAGCAUCGAGUGGAAGCUCAAGACGUUCUACUGGUCCUGCAUGAACGUCCACUCCUACAUGAAGAGCGGCCUCGACCUCAUCAAGCGGAAGAUCAUCACCGAGCUGUACGGCUGGAACCUGAUACGCGACACGUGGGACCUCAGGCGCUGGGAGUUCGACGUGGUGCUGACUCGUCUUCAUGCUGAGUUCGGCGUCUCGCCCUUCUUCAAGGUCACGGUGGUGCCCGACCCGCGCAGGGAGGGACAUAAUAUCAUUAAGCUCUUACCGUCGGGAUUCUCAUUGCCUCACCGUAGUUAUUACGACCGUAUGCCCAACAACCCGCUGCACAAGAUCUUCAAUCAAAUUCGCUACACUUUCGCAAAUAAUUUAGCAAACAGCCGAUGGUACCCGCUGGAAGUAAAGGCUCAACUGACAUCAAAGCUCAAUAACAUGACGUUAGCAGUGGGUUACCCUAACCGUCUGCUGGACCUCGGUGUUAUUAACGCCUAUUAUGAAGACUACACCAUUUUCAUUAAGGAUUUCUUCCAAAACUUGCAGGACUCCAUCCGAAACGCCCAACGCCAGCUGGAGAUGAAACUGAUCGAGCCGAUGCCAGAGUCGAAGUGGAUGGACGCGCUUUCGGAGGAGUCGGUGUCGUACAUUCACGAGGCGAACAAAAUCGUGAUUCCGCCGCACCUGCUAAACCCGCCGCUUUUCCACCGCAAUUAUCCCAUGGCUAUGUUAUACGGUAGCCUCGGGGUUCAAAUAGCCCGGGCAAUGCUACGCGCCGUCGACUCCGUGGGGCUAGCAUGGAAUAGCCGAGGUCAACUCACUAGUCGCUCCAUAUACACAAACAGGUCUUUGGAUAAUCUUCGAGGACUGGCAGACUGCAUAGCGGCCGCAACAAUGGAAGUGUCAAGAGAGACGGACGCAGUUGUCAAGAGGACAGCCUAUGACACUGCCUCGGAGGUCGACGCCGUUAGACAGACAUACCAGGCGUACGUGUCCCUCAUGCACCACCAGCCGCAGCCCCAGCACCCAAGUUUCGAAAACUUCAACACCACGAAUAUUUUCUUCAUGGCCUAUGCUGGGAGCCUGUGUUCCGACAUGACUGCCGAGGAGAAGGAUAUUCACAGAACCUGCUACUCCAGUCUCAUUGACAAACCCAAACUCGAGGCUGUCCUGACACAACUUCCUGAAUUCAGUAAGGACUUCUCAUGCCCAAAGGACUCCUAUCACUUCCCCAAACGGUUAUGUGCACAAUUUCACUGACUAUUAAAGUAUUCUUAUAUCCAGCAUAGGUUUUGAGGGGAAGGAGAGAGAGAGAGAAAGAGAGAGACGGGACAUCGACUGUAGUGAUAGGGGUGUCGUUAUGAUUUUCUUUUCUUUUUUCUAAU